ACGAGGCAUUGAUUGAACAGAAACCCUAAACUUGAUUAUGGGAGGGAUGUUGACGAUUGAGAGUAAAGCAGGACAGGACAGAAUUAGCGAAUUACCGGACGAUGUUGUGUAUCACAUCCUUUCGUUCCUUACAAUCAAGGAAGCCAUUGCUACAUCCUUGUUAUCUACGAGGUGGAGAUUUCUAUGGACCAUGCUUCCUUCUCUUCACAUCGACUGCUCCAAACCAAUCAUGAAACUCUACCAUAGUGUCGAUGUUUUCUUGGGUCUAUUUAGAACACAAAAGAUCUCAAGGUUUCAUCUCAGAUGUAAUAAUGAUUGUUGUCUCAGUUACGCGGAAGAAUGGGUCAACGCAGUUGUGUCCAGAAAAGUUGAACAUGUGAAUAUCUCCUUAUGCAUGUGCCGUUCAAUUAUUUUCAGAUUCCCCCACUUGUUCAUCUGUACCACACUUGUUACCUUGAAGAUCGAGGGCCUCUUUCCUUUCUCUAUUCCUUAUGAUGUUCAUCUCCCUAAUCUCCAGAUUUUUCACCUGCACGUAAAUGCAUUAUUGAGCUUCCCCAGUAUUAACAAGCUUAUAUCUGGAUCUCCAGCUCUUGAACUGUUUGAUCUGAAGCAGAACUGGUGGGAGAGUCAGUUGAAGAUUUUGCUUAAGCAUAACUCUCAAGUUAUCCAAGUAUUCCACCACAGCUCUUUUUAUGGUCUUGUUAUACAAGAUGAUCGUGAUUAUGAUUUUAUCUCAAACUGUAUGUACACUCAUCGUUGGCCUAACAUUCUUAAAGCCAAGGUUUGUUUGACAGUGCAUCACUGCGCUAAGAAUCUUUAUGCGAACCAAAUUGUUUCUAACAUUCUCCAAGGACUGUGUAAUGUUGAAUUUCUGUCAUUGGGUGAUUUUAGGGAAGAGAUGGACCCUUCUAUUCUUGAUCUUCCAAAUUUUGAGAAUUUAGUUGAGCUAAGGCUUUUUCUUAAAAAUGCUGACUCCUUAUUUCUGGAACUUCCUGCCAAGUGUCCUAAGCUUGAAGUUCUUGAAGUUAAUAUCAUGGAUGACCGCUACGGUAUAAAUCAGAGAUGUCGAUAUCAUAUUACUGGAGGAGUAAAGAAGCACGACCUAUCAAUUGUUCCUCUUUUACCUGAAACACUCAUUCUUGGAAAAUGCUUUAGUAAUCCACUUACAUGAUGCAGAAAAGUUUAUGUUUUCUGUUUAAGAACAACAAUUUUAGGGAGUUUUUGUUUUAUUUUCUGUUAUGUUUCAGCUUUAAAUUUUUAAUUGAUGAUCUACUCUUCAAAAACAUAUGUUUCAGUUAUGUUUCUUUGCCUUCCGUACAACAUCGAUAUAUUCUCAGAACUUGAGUCCUCA